AUGGCAUCGGUGGAUCGUCGACUCUGCGCUCUCUGCAACUCCUCUAUCGGCGAUGAGGCAGUAGUGGCGAUGAACCGUCUUUGGCAUCCCGAUCAUUUCUGUUGCCAUCAAUGCAAACGUCCCAUCAAGCAGACUUUCCAGGCCGCCGAGAACAACGCCUACUGUGUUCAAUGCUUUGCUCAGAAGUACAACCCCAAGUGCGCAGGUUGCAUGACGACGUUGAUCGACACUUGUCUUCUUGCUUUGGAUCGUCACUGGCAUCCCGCUUGCUUCACGUGCACCGCUUGCAGUCGUCCAUUGCCCAACGGAGAGUAUUACUUGGUGGACGAGAAGCCGUACGACUUGGAUUGUCACUGGGCGAAGCGUCUCGAGAAACGCGAAUACAUGGAACGUGAAGGCAACAAUCAACUUCAGCAAGCACCCGCCACUCAGCAGCGUCAACGAUAU